CAGGGAGGAGAUAUAUGGAGAAGGAGGGAUUGAAGUGAGGAGAUUUUUUUUUUGUAGACUCACUCCUUCACUCAAGACAUCCACGACUGCACACACACUUUGCUGUUUGUCAGAUCCCUCCUGUCACAAUGUCCCACGCUAUCUGCUUCAGCUGCUUUCUCUUCCUCUUCCUUGUGUCGCUCUCCGCUGCUGAGCCGCGCCGCACCGCUUCCGGUCAGCGCAGGGCGGCCCGUGCACCUGCCGCCAAGGUGCGUCUGGCGGGAAAUUCUGCGCGGGAGCCUAACGAGGGUCGUGUGGAGGUGCUGCACAACAACACGUGGGGCACCGUGUGCGACGACGAGGUGGACAUCCACCUGGCUAAUGUUGUGUGUCGAGAGCUGGGGUUCCAGGGCGGUGUCACGUGGGCACACAGCGCCAAGUAUGGGGAAGGAGAGGGUCCUAUAUGGAUGGACAACGUUCGAUGUAACGGUUCCGAGAAGUCCAUAAAGGACUGCAAGCACAACGGCUGGGGGGUGAACGACUGCAAGCACGCGGAAGACAUGGGGGUGGUGUGCACCACGGAGCGCAGGCGGGAGCAGACAAACGGCACCGGAGACCACAGCAAUGCCAUCAGCUCCAAUGGGAUUCCCUCGCCAGGCCUCAUGGCUACCCGCAGGCACUCCGGAUAUGGCUAUAAUGGGAACGGACAUCCAUACGAGGUUCCCAGAAUCCACAGGCAGCGACUUCACCAGGGUCACAGCAAGGUCCGAAUCGAGGAGGUCCGCCUGAGGCCCAUCCUCAUGUCGACUAAGAAGAAGACCUUGGUGACUGAAGGUGUGGUGCAAGUGAAGCACGCGGGGAGAUGGAGGCAGGUGUGUGACAUGGGCUGGAGUCUGAACAGCAGCAGAGUGGUGUGCGGGAUGCUCGGCUUUCCCGACGCCGCUCAGCCCAACCUCAAAACGUACAAGAAAAUAUGGGACACCAAGGUGGCAGAUCCUUCAACAAGGUUGAGCCUCAUAUCCAAGAAGAAGGGCUUCUGGGUAGAGAAGGUCAACUGCCUGGGCACUGAGAACACCUUGUCCGAGUGCCUUGGUCAGCUCUCAAUCCCUCGUAGCCCUACCCCCUGCAAGAACGGACGGCACGCUGUGGUCAAAUGUGUUCCGGGCCCUCAGUUUUCCAGGAUUUCCUCAGGGAGACCUCAAGCCCCGUACCCAGUUGUGCCUGUGCGUCUGAAGGCCGGGCCCAGGCUCGGCGAGGGUCGUGUGGAGGUGCUCCGAGACGGAAAAUGGGGCACCAUUGUGGACCACUUGUGGGACCGGACGGCGGCUAGUGUGGUGUGCAGAGAGCUGGGCUUCGGUUCCGCCCAGGAUGCACUGCAAGGCGCCUUUAUGGGUCAAGGUACCGGACCCAUCCACAUGAACAGCGUGCAAUGCACGGGGACCGAGGGCUCCAUCCUUGACUGCUUCUUCCAGGAGGUUCAACCGUGGACGUUCAAACACAGCCAGGAUGCUUCAGUGCGCUGUAACGUCCCUAAAACUGGCACAGAGUACACGGUGCGUCUGGCUGGUGGCAGGGUUCCUUCAGAAGGCCGAGUGGAGGUGCUAAUGGACGUGGGCGGUCGUAAGCGUUGGGGUUCAGUCUGCAGUGAGAACUGGGGCAUCAAUGAGGCAAUGGUGGUGUGCAGACAACUUGGUUUUGGAUUUGCUGCGAGUGCACAUCAGGAUACCUGGUACUGGUCCAGCGACCCAAAUGCAGCCGAGCUGAUCCUAAGCGGAACUCACUGCGUCGGCACCGAGUUCUCGGUUCAGCAGUGUCGCCGUAACAAUCACAUGCACUGUCCGCGAGGCGGUGGACCGAAGGCGGCUGGGGUCACCUGCUCAGAGACGGCUCCUGACCUCGUUCUGGAUGCCCAACUGGUCCAGGAGACGGCCUACCUGGAAGACCGCCCGCUGCACCUGCUGAGCUGCGCCAAUGAGGAAAACUGUCUGUCCUCCUCGGCCGCCCGCAUGAACUGGCCCUACGGCCACAGACGCCUGCUCCGCUUCUCUUCGCGCAUCAUGAACCUGGGACGCUCCGAUUUCCGACCCAAAGGGACGAGGGAGAGCUGGACUUGGCACCAGUGUCACAGGCAUUAUCACAGCAUUGAGGUUUUCACGCAUUAUGACCUGCUGACUCUCAACGGCACCAGGGUUGCAGAGGGACACAAGGCCAGUUUCUGUCUGGAGGAUACGUUUUGUCCGGACGGUAGCCAGAAGCGCUUUUCCUGUUACAACAUGGGCGACCAGGGUAUCUCUGUAGGCUGCUGGGAUACCUACCGCCAUGAUAUUGACUGUCAGUGGGUUGACGUGACGGAUGUGCGGCCUGGAGAUUACAUCUUCCAGGUGGAAAUCAACCCCUCUAUGGACAUGGCUGAGUCGGACUUCAUGAACAACGUGAUGCGCUGUCGCUGCAAGUACGACGGCCAUAGAGCUUUUAUGUACGGCUGUCACGCAGGGGACGCAUACAGCGCGGAGAUUGAAGACCUGUUUGAGCACCAAAGGGAAAUAACCAACAACUUUGUGUAGAGAGUUUAAAAGUCUUCCUGACGCUGCUCUCGGGUGGGCAUAGGGUGAUGACCUCAUGGCCUCUGGGAAGCUUACAAUCGCAGCCACAUUAACAAAGAACACGGAAAAAAAUGCCUGGCUUGGCAGCGGAUCAAACGUCACAUCAAUGAGACUCAAGCAGACGGGCCAAACAAAAGAGCGACUCAUGCAGCACUUGCUGUUAUUAUUUUAAUAAGGUAUGUUAAUAUCACUUUUUUUUUUUUCAAUACUGAAUGUGGACUACUUUGAUUUUCCAAACAUUACACAUAUGGAAUACUAUUGAAUAUUUCGUGUGGGAGUACUUGGCAAAGCUUAUAACCAAUAUGAGAUAUAUAGAUCAUAUAUAGUUUGUUUUUUUUGCUGCAAAUAGAUCUUGGAGGCAUUUUAGAAAUACUUAUUGCAUCAGCUAUGGACAUGAAACCGUGCUUUGGAAUUUUACAUCAUUACAUCAGACAAAGCUUCUUUUUUUAUUAAAGUCAGUCAUUUCUAAUUUAGAACAAAUACAAUUGUUAUCAUCUCAACAAGCUUACAACAUUUAGUAAUAAUUUUAUGUAACAAAGCACUUUAUCUUUUUUACAUCAGUAUUCUUGUAAUCUCUUCAAUUAGCUACCAUAUCAACCUUUACCAGAAUGCUUAAUAUAUAUUUUUUUUAGUACAGUGAAAUAUAAAGUUGGUGUUUUCAUAUUCACAUGUAGUUUUUAUACUGAUAUUUAAUUUAUUCAUAGGGUUCACACAACAUAUUCAGAAAGAGGUUAGUUUUCUUUUUUCCUUUCCAUCAUCCAUAGCAAUGGAACCUUUACAGUAAGAUACAGAUGAAUUAUUCUAUUUUCAAUGUGGUUAUUAAAACGCAACUGUCUGGAUUUUCUCUGCCAGCUUUUUGGAUGGGAGGGAACAACAGUGUCACACGACCACAUGUUUGUGGCGGGCAUGCCAACAGGCUUUGAAAGCAUAAAUAUAUGUAGAAAUUAUAUAUAAAAAAGCCUUUUAAUUAUGUCUGUUUGGGUUAGUUUUAAGGUUAGGGUUAAGACUAUAGCGGGUGCUUUUAUGCACACUGGGGAAAAUCUUUUUUCAUAAAAGCGAGACAGAGGCUGACUGAUAUGAUUUAGAAGUGGAAAAAGAUUAUUUAAUUUUUUUUUUACUACCAGAGAUGAUUUUUAAAUGAAUAAUAUUUGUUCCUUUCAACACUUGUUCUUACUUUGUUAUUCAACUACAUUUUGCAAAAUCCUAAUUACAAUAUUCGCUGUGUACAAUUAACUGUGUAACUUGUAACAUUCUCCCAACGUUUUCCAUAGAAAAUAUAUAAAGUAUAAAACAUAUUUAUCAAACGACUUACUUUCCUAAAGAUGACCUUUGUAUUUUCUAGCCUUUCAAAAUCAACAACAUUCCACCUAGCAUAAAAAUGGGCUGUUUAUUUGUGCGUAUGUACAAUUGCUGUUUAUAGUCUAUUGUUAUUUAAAAUUGUAUGCAGUUGGCUUCAUGUUCAUCAUAUGUACAAUAAGUGUAGCAACCCGAUGGCCAGUGAGAGUGUGAGCCAAAUGGUGCUUCUUUAAAAUCUCCUUCAUAGAAAGCUGAGCUCUCAGGGACUUAGACCUCAUUGAACACGUGUCCUGCAUGUGAUCGGUUGCUUUUUUGCUGUGAUGCACACGUACACACAAUUGUAAUCAUUUGUACCCCAUCUUUUUAUUCUCUGGUGCAAAUGUAUGAUUGUUGUAUUUGUGCUGGAAGAAACAGGGGGGAUAAGUGCGGAUAAACACUGGCUGAGUCAUUUCAAAUCACCAUCCAUCAUGACUGUGAAUUAAUAAAACUUCAUUGUCACACACUAA